GAUUUGCAGUGUGACAUGAGUGUGAUGAGAUGUGGAAGGGUUAGGAAUACAUGGUUGGAGUAUGACUGGCGCUAAUAAUGAUCCUAAUUGGCAUAAGAACACCCUGGUGAUUUCAAAAGAUAACAAAAGAUGCAAAUACAACAGCUCUUGGUCGAGGUGCCACUUGAGCAAUGUUUGGCUCACCAUUUUUACUUCCCUGUGCCUUUUUGUGAUCCUGUUUUUAUUCUUGUGUUUAGCAGUGCGUKAACAUCUCGAAGGUCCUGGAAUUGUAUGGCCGCGUAUGAUGACCACCGCACAAGCCAACCAAACCACUGAAGAUGAAGUCCUUUUGCCUUCAACCGAAAGAAAUAGUCAUUCGUGGCAUUACAAUACUUUGAUUUUACGAGCAUGGCUAGGGACUUGUCUGGCGCUUGGACUGUUGAUAAGUCUGAUUCUUAUAAUCUUAAUUUGGAACUUUAUUAGGAAAAAGUACCAUCUUUCUUUUAAGGCUUACUUUGGAAUUGAAAAACGAGAAAUUYGUCAACGAGAGUCAGAUCAUGAUUUUGAAAUGCAAGUCAAAGACAGUGAUGAUUUUGUUCUGGAGAAACCUACUCAGUUGUAAGAAGAGCCCGUCUCUAUGUUUUUCACCGAUGCAUCAGCUGUUUGAGUUAUAUUUUUUCUUGUAGAGAGUGAUACACUGUAUGAAGCUGAGCUUUAUGCUAAAUGAGAUUUUCUAUUUAAUUUAUAAUCCUUUCAAAACUCAGGAGAAUAACUGAAAGUAGGAAAGCGUUUUUAUAUAGGAUCUCAAAGCGAAUUCGUUUUCGGUUUUCAUAGUUGUGUUUAAAAAAUAGGUAUUCGGCACAASGUCGCGGACAGACUGAUAAGACAGUUUUGGUUUGUAGCUAUGUUUGAUAACAUACCACAUGUCAGUUUUUAUUAGGUUACAUUUGUAAUAUUAAGUAGAAAAAUGCAAAAAACACAUUACCAAAUACAAAAUAAAUUAGAAUCUGCAAA